GAGCGGGUAACAUUCGGGACAGGCCCCUGCUUGUGUGAACACAUAUACGUCCAAGUUAUAACAUUAUGUAAAGCAACCUGCAACAUACGAGAAACAAGGGCGCAACGUUUGUGAAUGCUUGCGAUCCAUCAUGUCUCCGUGAUAGUUGACAUUAUCUCAGUCCUGGCGUUCUAGGCCCACAUUGUCUCAUGUCAUCUCCAAUGCACAUUACAGAUGGCCCUCUUUACCUGUUCAGAUGCGAGUCCCGAUAAGACGGCAAACGAGAGUGGCUGGCUGAAAUAAUAGUAGCAGAAAAACACCCCCAUAGAAUUCUGUUUUCCAUUCUAGGUCAACGUGACUCUUAAUGUCCUCACGAUAAGGACGGUUAAGAACAGGGACUGAAAUUAAUACUGAUAAAGAGCAAGUUGUCAAGAGACACGGAAACCUCCAGAAACCAACCCACAGGUAAAGUGCACUGAAUUAACGGACGCAGGAACACACCUGUAAUCAACAGACGACAUCAAAGGUGACUGAUAGGCACGACAAGCUGGACGACCUACACAAUCAGCCAUCGCCAACAGUUGUAAAAAAAUGAUAAUCCUCUGUCGUCUGGACUUUCUUAACGAUACGGAAUAUAUUUGCUCUGAAGACAUGACACAGGCAUGAUACAUGUAUCAAAUGUUGGAUUUUAAUGGACACUAGGACAAUAGCCGCUGACAGGAUUUAACCGCGUUAGUACGGUGACGAGAAUUUGGUUAAAGAGAAGAUACAUACAUGAUGAUGAACAGCGAGCAAGAAGAAGAAGUAUGGAUCUUCGGACGCCUUGUAAGGCGGAAUGGUGUAAGCACAGACGACAUAAACCUUGCCAAUGAAAACAACGUAGCUAAUAUGACGAAUAUUACCACUCAGUUUCCCAUCACCACAACUGGGCUCCACCAUAAGGGAGAAACAAAUCUCGAGGAUUUAAUUCACACAAGCACGCAAUGGUCCGACUUAAAGUUCCAUUGGGGCAUAGGAUGCUCCAUUUUCGUUUUACUUGGCCUCGUUCUCGUGACCUUGCUGCAUUUCCGAAAAAUGUACCUCGAACCAGACAGAAAAAGGCGACGAGAGACAGAAAGAUUUGCCAAGCAGCAGGCACGAAUUCAAAUAUCCGACAGAGAGGUUAUCAGAUUAAAUGAACGCCCGAUAAAAAAGGACGAUUUCAUAGAUGAAUAUAACAGACGCAAACGGAAGAAGAUUCUGGAACAGGAAUUCUGGGCAUUGAUUCGUAUGGAAAAAACGAAGAAGACUAACAUCGAUUCAAAUGGGCUAAAUGGAAUGGACCGCUUGGUGAAAGUUUUCCAGACUUCAUUUGCUGUAGCGAACUCACUGUAUGAUGUCGCCUCAAAGAAGAAAUUUUUAAACAACAUAUACACAGCCCCACUUAAAAUAGACAGUUUUGAAAAGAAGAAUGCGUUUGAAGCAGUAACAGCGCCUAUGUCUCAGGCCGACUGCAACAUGUUCUGGGAAAUGGUCUGGAGAGAAAACGCCGCCUCUGUUGUCAUGCUAACAGAGAGGUUCGAAUACAGUAGGGUUUUAAGUUUCAAAUACUGGCCGGAUAAACUUUCCGACAGAUGGCACUACGGAAACAUAAGGGUGACGCUACAAGACACAUUAAAGACAGCAGACUGCUUUGUCAGGACCAUGGUGCUGCAGAAGAAACACGGAGUCGAGAAGCGAACGAUAAAACAUUUCCAAAUACGCAGUUGGAAUGGAGGCCGUCAACCCACCCCCGCCAUGUUGGUGGAUCUGUGGCGGAGAGUUAACGAGGAGAUGGAACACAGAGGAAGACUUUGUGGACCAAUCAUUCUGCACGAAUCAAAACAAAGCUUCGCCAAAACCGGUGUGUAUAUCGCGUUCCAUGAAGCUAUCACACGACUGCGUGCCAAAAAUGAUGUUAACAUUUUCAACUAUAGUUCAUAUAUGCAUAAGGUUUACCCAGGGUUGACUAGUGAUAAGGAAUCUUACGAGUUCAUUUACGACGUCGUUGCCACGUUUCUCAAUUGCCAGUUUGCCGGAGUAACGGUGGAAAAAUUCGAGGGCCUAUGCAAAAACCUUAGCAGUAAAAGGGGUUGGUUUCACAGGGACGGGUAUCAAAAGGAGUUUGAGCUGCUGAACAAUAUGGCGCCUGUGCUGACCCCUAGCGACUGUGCGGCAGGUUACAUGUUAGAAAACAGGCGGAAGAACAGAGAUGCUAUUUUACUGCCACCGGAUAAAGCUCGGCCGUACCUGAAGAGCAUUCAAAGAUCGUCCGGGACUGACUACAUCAACGCUCUUUUUGUCGAUGGAUACAGCGAAUCUAAUGCCUUCAUAGUGACGGAAUGGCCGUCUACCAAAGGAACGGUCAAUUACCUAUCUACCGUCGGGGACUUCUGGACGAUGGUGUUUGACCAUGACAUAAGUGAAAUAGUGGUGCUGCAUAACUUUAAACAUAAAACGUUUCGCGAACCGUUCUGGCCCACUUCGAUACAAUGGGGUGAAGACUACAAUAACUUCAGAGUCUCUCUGCUCUCAGGGAAACGACAACCCGAAUACAUGGUCAGGAACUUUUCUGUCAUGAAAACGAUAGACGACAAGAUGUACCGCAUGCUGGGAGAACUUGGCGUGAAACUUGCAAAGAAAGAACGUGCCUUCAACUCGGUGUGUAAAUACGUCACCAUGAUUCAGCUUCUCAAGUGGCCAAAAUACAACCGCAAAACUGGAAGACUAAAGGAACAGCAAGGACUCAUACAGGCAGCGCUCCUGGCGGAGGAAUUGCAGACUAAGAACGCGUCCAAAACGGGGAAAGAACGCCCGAUUUGUGUUGUAUCAAAGGAUGGAGUAGGUAGAUGUGGAGUGUUCUGCACUGUGAGUAACGCGCUGAGCAGGAUCAAAGCCGAGAGAAAAGUUGACAUCUUCACCACAGUGAACGCCGUCAAAACAAACAGAUCCGUGCUAGUCAAAAACGUGAAAGAAUACAGACUUUGCCACGAUACUGUUAUGGAUUACAUCAACGCCGAAACUACCGGAAUAGUGAACGGUGGUGGUAUAAUUAAUGUGGCGUAUUGUAACGAGACGGAGACAGAGACGGAGAAAGAGUCCCACGUUUAGCAAAUGAUUAAGACAAAGAUAGCGAAAAGAAAGGAAGUUGUGCAAAGAA